AUGUCUGUGUCUAGGGGAUCCUACCUAAGAUGGGAAGGGGGCGAAUCCCAUGAAGUUUUGAAAAGAGUUCGGCAUUUGUCGUUUGCUAGAGGGCAAUUUGAUUGUGCGGCGAAAUUUGAGCCAUUAUAUGCGGUUAAGCAUUUGCGAACCUUCCUACCUCUAAGAAGAGAAGGGUUGUCGGUCUCUUUUGAACUGCCUACAGACAUGAGAAAAUUGAUUAACUUGAGGCAUCUUGAUUGUAGCGGAACUCAAAUUGAAGAGAUGCCGGUGCAAAUGGGUAGACUAAAAAGUUUGAGAAUAUUGACUACUUUUGUUGUGGGGAAAUCUACUGGGUCGACUAUUGGAGAAUUGAGGGAGUUGUCUGAUCUUGGAGGAAAGCUUUCUAUUUUGAAGCUUAAUAAUGUUGUUGACGGUACGGAUGCCUUGCAAGCCAAUUUGAAGAACAAGAAAGAUCUUAAGGAGUUAGAGUUGGCAUGGGGCUCCAAAGAUGCCGAUCAUUCCGGAAAGGUGAGAGAUGUACUUGACAAGCUCCAACCUUGCAUGAAUUUGGAGAAAUUGACCGUCACACUUUAUGGCGGGACCAGCUUCCCAAACUGGUUGGGAGACUCUGCCUUCAAUAAAAUAAAAGUUAUGCGCCUUGUAGGCUGUCAUUAUUGCUUCGAGUUGCCACCGCUUGGACAGCUACCUGCUCUUAAGGAGCUCUUCAUAUCCAUUCGGCCAUUUCAAUCACUGGAGAAGCUGGAGUUUGGGGAGAUGGCAGAGUGGGAGGAAUGGGUACCAAGUGGAAGUGGAGGUCCAGACUUUCCUCGUCUCCAGGAGCUGAUUCUUGUAAAGUGUCCAAAGCUAAGAGGAAGCUUGCCUUGUGAUCUGCCUUGCUUGAAGAAGCUUAGCGUGAAAGGGUGUGGGGUUUUACAUGAUCAAAGGGCCACUGCUACUACUAGUACUAGUACUAGUCUCAACUACAAUUCUCUUGAAGAAUUGGAAAUAGAAGAUGGAUGCCAAACAGGUCUGUUAUCAUUACUAGAGACAAAGCUCCUGUCCGACCUUGACAUUGGACAUUUAAUGACAUACAGUGCUUGCCCAACAUCAAUCGCCUUGAAAGUUUGA